UUUACGACGUAGACGUCUUGGAUCUACUGGUUAGACAACAAGGACUGAGUCGCAAGUCUUAAGAAAGACACAUCUUUAGAAGUAGCAAUGAGAAAACUUGUAUCCUGACUCUCACCUUCCUGCUUGGACAUAGCAAUCUUUUUUUUAAAACUCUGUUAAGUCAAUACGGGGAAGUUUGAAAGUUUUGUACGGGAGGAAUGACACAGCGAUUCAUUUAAAUAGGAUUUUGUGAUGGACUGGAAUAGGAGUGAAGUCGUGUUAUCAUCGCGGCGGUGAAACUUACUUGUUAAAGCUUGUAUCGACCAGGACCAGCGUACACGGACGUUCAUACUUAAAAAGAGCCUGUUCGUGAUUUUAAGGGAACUUAAGGAGGCAGAAAUUUGGACGGCGUUCACUACCAGACUAUCAAAUUAGACAGAGUUUUCCAUUAGAAGUAUUAGAGGAAAAUAAACUGGUGCAAUGGGUUUCAUUUCGUUUGCCAAAGGCUUUUUGGCCCGACUUCUCUUCGCCAUACACGGGGUUUUAGCAACAUGGCAAGUUUCCAGCGUGUAUACUUCACCGAUCUACUACGUUUUGAUGGCGCCUCUAAUCGUUCUACUUAUCGAGAUGGGGAUAACUUUCAAAUGUACUGAAAAUGGAGAAUGGAAAUGGAUGAGUCCUUCGGUGCUUUUGUACCUCAUGUCAGUCGUCCCUGGUCUAUGGUUCCUUCAGUUUGAUCUCUACAACACACGCAUAGCUUACAGAGACUCACAGGGAUGGGAGGAAUGCUCUUCGGAGACCGUCUACAAUUCAUCAUCACUUAAUGAAGUACAAGGGGUCUCCAUCCCCGUUGCAUUCUCAUCGAAUGAAUGGGAGCUCAUCCUGCAGCAGACCCUCCUGUUACUGCUCAUCCUCGGCCGAUGGCUUCUCCCAAAGGGCGACAUCACACGUGACCAACUCUCCCAGCUUCUCCUGGUAUACAUUGGUAUGGCUGCCGACAUCUUGGAGUUCAACCUCGAAAGCUUGAAGGACGAGAAAGUCUUCUGCGACGUCGUCCUCAUCAUCUUCAUCCUGGGGAUUUGGAGCUGGAGCUUGUUGCAGUUCAGUUUGGUGCUGACGUCGGUGGCCGGGAAGCGGCGUCGGGCCGUCCUGCAGGAUGGGAGCAACAGCUGCUCCGCAGAAUGCUGCACCUGCUGUUCAUGCUGCCAGAACGAGAUGUGGUCCAUGAUGGUCACCCUGAUCAUGCAAGACGGUCCGUUUCUGGCCAUGCGGCUCUACCUGAUGAUAGAAGUAAAGAUCUUCAGUAUCAUGAUGGUCUUCUUCACUUGUAAAAACAUUCUUGUUAUCCUGCUCCAGUUCUACCGUAUGAUCAUCCUCUGUGGUCAGCCGAGCAAAGUAGAGCCUGAACCUGAAGAGAAAGAGGAACCAAAACAUUCCCGUGAACAGAGCAGCGCCGGCCCACCUGAUGCUUUCGUAGUCGUAGAUAGUUCUUGAUAAGCUGGACAGCCUAGAUAAUUACCCUUGGUUUAAUACUAACAGCUUUACAGACUGCAUACUAAGACAAUGUUAUGCUAGUUCGAAGCUGUUAUUGCAGAAUGGUAUAAUUGAGUCGUCAGGUUCUCUGAUGACAGUCGAGGUUUCCGCAUAGAAAACUUUAGGCAUUUGCAAGGAGAAAGGCGGUUUGGAAAGAUAAAAUUGUCAAAUAUUCAUGUUCUUCUUCUGCAGUUUCUUUCUUUCACCAAUUUGUUUUAUAACUGAGUGUGAUUUCGUUUAUGUUUGCGUGUAUAUUUUAUUACACUUAACUUCUUUUCAUUACAAACGUGAAUUUUUAUUGAUAUAUUUUUUACGCUUAUACACACAAAUUCACCUGGAUUUAAAAAAAUGCAUUUUAGUGAUUAACACACAUUAUGAAGUGAGAGACUCAAAUACUCCUUUCUUUAUUGUGGUACAUGACAUGUCAUAUCUAUGUGUAUUUUUGUUUAAAUAGACUUUUCGUACAAUCAAAUGCUAUACUCUGUGAGUUUCGAAAUACGAUUGUGUUCAUGCACAUAGACGGGUUAUGAGAUAUUAUGAAGAUGGUUGCAUAUAAUGUGCCUUUUAAUAUUUAAUGUCUUCUUACGAAUAAAGUGUUUUUUCAGUACUUACGUGGAGGUUUAGUCUCCUCUAAGACUCUUUGCAUUCAUGACCUAAAGUAAGAAACCCACUCUAGUGACGUUACACACAUUAUAAGCAUAUUUGAAAAUGUAACAUUCGGAUUCGAGAUAAUUAGGUGUAAUAAGUGCAUAUUUACAAACUAGUUUUUUUUUUAAAUGAAGAAGACGUUUGGAUUUGAAAGAUAUUCUUAUAAUGGUUAUGCGUGUUUUUCUUGUAAUUCAAACAUGGCAGUGGGAUUCGAGAUAUUGCCACGAUAUAGGCGUAAAAAGCACCUGUCUAUUCCUGUAAAAGAGAACGUCGGAGAGAAUCUUAUGUCGUUAAGCGUUUUCAAAAAGGUACUAUCUAAUCGUAUUCUUCCUCAAACCUAAUAUCGCUUAACCACAAAGUAUAAACAAUAACCACUCCCCUUUCAAUUAAACAAAACCAAUCCUUUCUGGUUGCCUUCUAAGUUUACUGAUAUUCUGUGUACUUCGGUGUGUGAUUACUCGUGUAAAUACUUUUUUUUUUGUGUACGGACGAAAUGUGAAGAAAGACUCUUUAAUGUAAAAUAUGAGAAAUGUAUAUCUGUACUAAAAGUAUGUGUUGAUUUCUGUCGUGUAUCUGUGUCGUCUUGCCAUGUGCUUUCUUUCAAUUAUUCAUUAAAAAAACAUGAAAUUCUUUAAGAAUCAGGUCACAUCAAUCAGAAUGGUGGUUAUGAUUCGCAGCCUAUAUAGAAGGUCUUUAUUAAUUACUAACGGAAUGCAACAGUUUUCGUGAUAAUUUAUGCCUAAUCUGAGCAUUUCAGUAUUGCCACUAACACCAUUUUUUACUUUGUGUUUACAUCAUGUAUUGUUAGCUUUCUUUACCAAAAAUAUGUUAUUGCCACCUUGAUUCACUCAAACAGAACAUGUUUGUAUAUAUUUUAUGUAUUAAAUAUAUAUCAUAUUUGUA